AUGAAGUAUACCGCUCUUUUGGCAGCUUUUGUUGCCCACGCUGCUGCUGUCAGCGUUUCCGGCUCCGCUGAAGGUUUCGCCAAGGGCGUUACUGGUGGUGGUUCCGCUACUGCUGUCUACCCGACUACCACUGACGAGCUGGUCUCGUACCUUGGUGACUCGGAGGCUCGCGUGAUUGUUCUUACCAAGACUUUCGAUUUCACUGAUACCGAGGGUACCACUACUUCCACUGGUUGUGCUCCUUGGGGUACCGCCUCGGGCUGUCAGGUUGCCAUUAACCAGAAUGACUGGUGUACCAACUAUGAGCCUGAUGCUCCCAGCGUUUCCGUUACCUACGACAACGCUGGUAUCCUGGGUAUCACUGUUGCCUCUGACAAGACCCUCCUCGGUGAGGGCUCUGCCGGUAUCAUCAAGGGUCGUGGUCUCCGUAUUGUUAGCGGUGCUAGCAACAUUAUCAUCCAAAACAUUGCCGUCACCGACAUCAACGCCAAGUACGUCUGGGGUGGUGACGCCAUCACCAUCGACGAGGCCGACAUGAUCUGGAUUGAUCACGUCACCACUGCCCGUAUCGGUCGCCAGCACUACGUCCUCGGUACCUCUUCCGACAACCGUAUCAGUCUGACAAACAACUACAUCGACGGUGUGACCUCGUACUCCGCCACCUGCGACACCUACACCUACUGGGGUAUCUACCUGGACGGAGACUCCGACCUCGUCACCCUGAAGGGCAACUACAUCUACCACACCAGCGGACGUAGCCCUAAGGUCCAGGGUAACACUCUCCUGCACGCCGUCAACAACUACUGGUACGACAACACCGGCCACGCCUUCGAGAUUGGCUCCGGUGGUUACGUCCUCGCUGAGGGCAACGUUUUCCAGAACAUUGAUACCGUUGUCGAGUCUCCCAUUGAUGGACAGCUUUUCACCUCUCCUGAUACCACCACCAACAAGGUCUGCUCGACUUACCUUGGACGUGUUUGCCAGGUUAACGGAUUCGGAUCGUCGGGUACUUUCAGCCAGUCUGAUGAGGGCUUCUUGUCUGACUUUGAGGGCAAGAACAUUGCCACUGCUACCGCUUACACCUCUGUUGCCUCCAGCGUUCAGGCUAACGCUGGUCAGGGUAACCUGUAA